AUGUUUCUUUUUUUUCUGAUUAAAGGAGUUCAUGGUAUUUCGAAUGUGUUUAAUGCAACACAAUUGAUAUUCAAUCCUCCUGGUCCUCAAUUUGAUGAAUUUCGGUCAAAGUUGCCAAAAAAUGACAUUGUUCUCACACGGGAUGAUGGAAAGUCUGGAUCUACUCUUUCUUGGCAAGAUGAGUUUAAAUUGGUGCUAUUGGUUACUGAUGAUUCCACUGAAGAAGCUAGGUUUCUUAUUUUCGACGAUAUAGCUUCUCCUUUUCUUCGUAGGACAGCAGAUGAAUUAGCUGAGGAAGUGGCUGAGGAUGCUUCAAUUUCAUAUGCUGAUGAUGCUUCAAAAUAUCCGACUCUGAAAAAUGGGAAUAAUAAAAGGCAGGGAGAUGUCAUAGACGAUGAUGUUGUAAACAAACAGAGGCAUUAG